UUAGCUAAAACUAGAUAAAUUUUUUGCGAUUGUUAAGAUGAAACAUUUUCAUAAACUUAUAGGACAACAAAAAAGAAAUUACAAUGAUAAAAUUUAAAUUGAAUUUUCUCUUAUAUUGUUUAAUUUAUGAACAAGGAUUUGCAAAAAAUAUUCUCAAUUCUUUACCCCAACCUGCCAAUUUGCAUCAAGAUGAUGAAAUUUUGCACAAUAAAAAGCUAAAUCAAAUAAUAUCUUUAGAUUGUGAUAAACUAUUUAAUUUGCAUUCCUUAUACAGAAGUAAUCUAUUGAAUGAAACAUUAUUGAAAUUUUAUGAGGAUGAAUGUUUUGAUAACUAUUUAUUAUCAAGUCCUAGAAUCAAUGUAUAUGCUUUUUUUGGCGAUAAUGCUACCUGUGAAUGCCAUUUAGGAAAAAAAACACAUUCCAUUUUUAAAAAAUUAGGAUCACUGGUAAAAAUAUUUCAAGAUAUUAUUCCAAACUUUGAUAAAAAGAAUAUUACAAAUUUAAUAAAUAAUUUUGAAACCAGAAAUGUAUCCAAUAAUAGUACAUUUUAUUAUAAUGGAAAUAUCAAUAAUUUGACAAAUCUGAAUUUAUUAAAUAAUGGAAUCAAAGUUAAAUGGAAAUUUUUGGAUAAAAGUAUUAAAUCAAGAUUAGUAUUCUUGGAAGAAGGAACUAAAAUGACAAUAAAAAAAGCAAAAUUAGAGGAUUCUGGUAAAUAUUUAUGCUUCAGGCAGCAAGAUUUUGACAUGGAUGGAUAUCAGGAAAAAUUAUUGAUAAGCACGUGUGUCCUACAUGUGGAACAUGUUCCAUCAACAGGUAAUUUGAAUCGCAAAAUUCAAAUAGUAUACAUAAUUUUGGGCUCAAUAUUUCCCUCUGUACUAUUAUUUUCAUUUUUGGUAAUGGCUUAUUAUGCUCAUAGGCAGUAUAAAAAACCUAAUGCUAAAAGAAAUGAUAGAGUUUAUUUAUACAGUAUGAUACAUGACAAUGUUUUAAAUUAUUAAAUUUUCCUAUAUUUUAAACCAUUUUCCAAAAAUAAUUAUAUAAUGUUAUUUUUGUGAAUCUCACUCAAUCAUAGUCAUAUAUUAUAAUAUACUUAUAAGCAUUACUGAAUUAUAUCAUAUUGUACAUUUCUUUUUGGUAAAAUUAAGUUAGGAUUAUGUAUUUUUUUUUUAAAACACAGAAAUUAAUUUAAAAUGUUCUUAUUAAGCUUGUCCCAUAACUUAUUUCAAAAGUUAUAAAAUUUAAAAAAAGACUAGCAUUAAAGUUAUGAAAAAAAUUUAAAAAAAUGUUUUGGCUACAUUUUUUAUUUUUCAUUAAAGGCUUAUAACUAAUUUUUCAAAUUAAUUUUUUUUUAAAAAAAAAUAUUGCAUUUGUUAAAUUUUAUUUAAAUAUGUGAUUGUUUAAUAUGAUAUUUAUUAUUUGUCAAUUUUGCUCAAUCAAUUUCAAAAGGUGGUGUAACAAUACAAUAAUCAAGUGACCUUUAUCAUAUUGCGUUCAUUUCCUCUCUCUUGUCCUGCGAGCCCAUCAUUCAAACACUAACAAAACAUCCUUACCCCUUACUCCUACAGGCAAUUGAUCUAUGGAAGUCCCUCUCAUUAGUCGAUCCUCCAUCGUCGGCAUUACAGAAGGAUUGGGAUAAACCUCUACGUUGCAUUCCUUAAAUCGAAGAGCCAACCAGAGGACCAUUCUCUACUCUUCUCCAUUUCCGAAGGUAGUGGAUACGAAUUUCUUGAUGCCUUUCCAUCCCAAAACCUUGACCAGCUCCUAAGCAAUGAUGAGCUACAUCACGCCAUCGGUCUUAGACUGAAUUGCGAUAUGGUAAUACCUUAUAACUGUAUCCUCUGUCAAACUUCGGUCAACUCCAUAGGCUGUCACUCUCUACACUGCAAGCGCUGUAAAGGCAGAUUCAUUAGGCAUUCAAAAUGCAAUGAUACCAUUGCAAGGGCCUUAAAAUAAUCCGCCGGCAUCCCAUCAACCCUCGAACCUACUGGCCUUUACAAUUCCGAUGGUAAGCGGCCCGAUGGUUCGACUAUGAUCCCUUGGAAGAGGGGGGAAUUCCUAACUUGGGAUUUCUCAUACAUCGAUCCUCUUGCCCUUCCAAUAUAAAUAGAGAUGCCAUACUAGAUGCCGAGGUGAAUAAACUAGCUAAAUAUUCGCCAUCUCUUCCCGCCAAUUAUACAUUCCUAACAUUAAUCGCCACUACUUUAACGUCGUUCGGCUCUCAUGCCCUAGACUUCUUUAAAGAGCUAGGAAAACAGAUCUCUGCUAGGACCGAGGAUCCCAAUGAGGGAUUCUACCUACGCCAACGAUUAGCCAUAAAUAUAGUAAAAUACAUCUCAGCUUUAUUUUUUCAAUAUCCGAAACCCCGUAAUUGAACAUCCUAUGCAUAGUAUAGACUUUCGCCAUUUUGUUGCCUAUUAUAAUGUUAACACUAAAAGGGAAUCAAAAAAAAUAGUAAGAAUUAAUGACUUUAUAUAAUUGUGAUUUACUAUUAUAUUUUUUUACUAUUAUUAUAACUUACCUUGAUAUAAAUUGUCGAUAUAACGAAAUUAUAACAAAUGGACAUUAUAUGAAAGUUAAAUAUCUA